AUAUUAUUAUUUUUUCAUCCUUUCAUUUUUGAUUUGCUUCUUCUCCGGCGAUGGAUGGCAAAAUCCGGCAGAGCCGGAGGUCGAGGUCGCAGCGGGACCGCGUGCGGCGGCGGGAGGCGGCGGCCCGCGACCCCCGCAACCAGAGCCCCUCGUCGGGCUCCGAGAAGGAGCCGAGCCCCGGCAAGGAGAACGGCGGCGGGCAGAACUGCACCGCCCCGCGGGGCCCGCCGCCCGCCGCCCGCACCGCCCGGCCCCCGCGCCGCCGCCGCCGCGAGUCCAGCUCCCAGGAAGAGGACCUGAUCGAUGGCUUUGCCAUAGCCAGCUUCAACACCCUGGAAGCCCUGGAGAAGGACAUGUCACUAAAGCCUCAGGAGCGGAAGGAGAAAUGGGAGAGGCAUCCGGGAAAGAAACCUAGAGAAUCUGAAAACUGUGUGUCUGCUGAGCCGAGUGAAAAUGGCCAUAAUAAUGACGCUGGGAGCUCUGAGAGAGAGGCAGAAAGAGGCAAAGAACGGGUGAAGAAGAAACUCCCUUUGAAGCUAACCAAACAGAUGAAGGUCCCUACAAGCAGAAGUGGCAGAAAUAGCGAGGAGGACAGCAUCAGGGAGGCCACAAGCUCUCAGCGGAGCAGCUCAAGGGACCGUCUCAGUGAUAGUUCUGCUCAAUCGCUUUCAGGAAGAGGCUACUCCUGUGACAGCGAGAGUGAUGUUGACGAUAAGACCUCAACGGAACUGGAGCUGACUCGUAUCAGGAGUGCCUUGAUAACAAGCAAGGCUUCUGUAGGCUCUGAGAAGCUGUUCUCCCCUGCAGCAAAUAAAGGUCCCACCUUGAAUGACAAGCCAGAAGCAAAAGCAGCCAAUGUCCCAAAGGUGUCUGGGCUAGAGCGGAGCCGGGAACUGAGCACCGACGUGCCCUUCGCCCUGCCCAUCCCCAGCCCCCAGCCAGUAGCUGCCGUUGUGACUUCUACUUCCUCAGCGCCCACGUCGAGCGCCAGAGCAAGCCCUCUGUUGAAGAAGGAGCCCGUGAUUUCAGCACCAGCACCACCAAGGCUCACGCCUCAGCCGCAGCCUCGGCCACAGUCACAACCUCAACCUCGGCCGCAGUCGCAGCCUCAGCUAAUACCUGAGCUUCGGACCCAGCCUCCGAGUCACAUCCCUCCACCUCUCAAUUACCAAGUGCAUCACCAGGUGGCCCACAACGGACUCAAUAAUAUCAGCCGGAGCAGCAGUGCUAGCAGUGCAACAAGCAUCAGCCUGCCGAAACACCUCCCCCUCUCUCCCCAGAUUCCUCCGCACCAUUCCUCCGGCCCGGCCCUGCCCCUCUCCAUCUCUAAUCUUGCUACCUCGCACUUCUCUCUCAGAUCGCAGACUCAACACCAGCACCAUCCGGCCAUGUUCGCCACCCCACCCACGCUGCCACCUCCACCAGCGUUACCCACCAACAGCCUCGUGAUACCAGGUCACCCUGCGGAUCACGAACUGCUCAGGCAAGAGCUGAACAACCGGUUUUUGGUUCAGAGUUCGGACCGGGCCGCUGCCUCACUUGGCCCGGUGCCGCUGCUGAGAGCGGAGUUUCACCAGCACCAACACACGCAUCAGCACCAACACACCCACCAGCACACAUUCACUCCUUUUCCAUCCAGCUUGCCCCAGACGCCGCUCAUGCCGCCCUCUGCACCUCCCAUGGUGCGUACCCCAGCCCAAAAUUUUGACAAGUACGCUCCCAAAUUAGACAACCCUUACUUUCGACAUUCCAACUUCUUUCCAACCUAUCCUCCAGCAAUGCCUGGAAUGCCACCCAUGCUUCCACAUUCAGGUCCCUUUGGGUCACUUCAGGGAGCAUUUCAACCGAAGACUUCAAACCCUAUCGAUGUAGCAGGUAGACCAGGCACAGUCCACCAUACACUGCUGCAGAAGACUCCAGGGGUGUCAGACCCUUACAGGCCUCCAGUAAGAGUAAGUAAGAAACCUGGGAAGUGGUGUGCUGUUCACGUACAGAUCGCCUGGCAGAUCUACCAUCACCAGCAAAAGAUAAAGCAAAUGCAGCUGGAUCCCCACAAGCUAGAGAUAGGUGGUAAACUUGACCUGUUCAGCAGACCUCCUGCCCCUGGCGUGUUUCCAGGCUUCCAUUAUCCACAGGACCUUGCCAGGCCUCUGUUUUCUACUACAGGUGCGACACAUCCAGCCACCACGCCCUUUGGUCCUUCACCUCAUCACAGCAGUUUCCUGCCUACUAACCACUUGGCAGAUCCAUUUAGCAGGUCAAGCACCUUCAGCGGCCUUGGGAACUUAGGCAGCAAUGCCUUUGGAGGAUUAGGCAGUCAUGCUCUGACUCACAACAACAUUUUUACUCACAAAGAUGGCCCAAACCUGCAGAAUUUCAAUAAUCCCCAUGAGCCAUGGAAUAGACUCCAUCGGACCCCGCCGUCCUUCCCAACACCUCCACAGUGGCCCAAGCCGACCGAUUCUGAGCGAAGCUCCUCGGUGACAAACCACGACAGAGACAGAGAGCGGGACCGAGAGCCUGAGAAGAGGGAUCUUUCUCUGAGUAAAGACGACAGAGACAAAGAGAGAGACCUCAUGGAUAAAAACAGACAUUCAAACAGAUCCUCACCGGCAUCAGCUCCAGUGACACAUCAGAUAAGCAAUCUCAUCCGCAGCAACAGCCAAACCUCCAGUGAUCCUAUCAGGCAGGUUAGCCUCGGUGAAAGGGAAAGGUCCAAAGAACCCGAACGAGAGCACCCUGACCGGCUGAGAGAGCCACCCAUAGCAGAACACAAGAUUAAAGAGAGCCGUUCCCCAGUGAAGGAAACUCCAAGCCAUGAUAAGAGACCCUCUGAGGACAACACAAAGCCAGUAAUCCAGUCUGUAUCCCCAUACAGCAAACCUGCACUAAGUGAGAGCUUGAAGCUAACCAAUCUAAUGAGCAAGGACAUGGAGAGAAAGACAGAGCUUCCCAGUGACCUCCAGAAGAUUAAGAAUGACAUCAAAGUCAAAGAGGAGAGGAAAGAAGACAGUGAUGUGCUGGUGGUAGGGUCUGAGCCUUCGCAACACUCCCGAUCAGUGGAGCAUCCACCACCACCUACUUUGCAUGGAUUGUCGUUGCCUCCCUCAAUGGCUGCCUCAAUGCCUAUCUCCAUGGGCAGUGUGCACCAGAUGAACAACAUGAAUGUCCUGGACCGCAGCAGAAUGAUGACCCCGCUCAUAGGCAUGAAUCCUUUGUCAGGAAGAGAGAGGCUGCCACAUCCUGGAUUUUCUUGGGACCCGAUGAGGGACCCAUUGCGAGAUGCCUACCGGAGCCUAGACCUGCACCGUCGAAUGGACUUCCAGCUCCGGACGGAUCCCAUCCAUAGGUUCCCUACCACCUCUGGAUUUUACGACCAUGAGCGUUCUUACAGAGACAGGGAGCCACAUGACUACAACCAUGAAAACCUUCUUGAAGCCCGCCGAGAGCAGGAGCGGUUGCGGCAAGUGGAGGAACGAGAGCGCUUGCACUUACGGGAAGAACUUGAGCGUGCCAGAAUGCACCACUUGCACUCGUCCCCUAUCGAAAGUCACCUGGCACACGUGCCAUCCUUCAUGCCUCAUUUAAGCGGGAUGCAUUACCCCAGACUGAGUCCAUCCACUGCCAUGCACAAUGGGAUUUUAAAUAGGAACCCACCAACUGCAGCGCUGAGCGCCCCACCGCCUCUUGUACCAGCGAGCAGCACCAGACCUGCCUCCCCACGCAGGACUACUCCACUCACAAACUCAGAGUCCAGGGACUACUCCCCCUCUAGGAACCCCAAAGAAGUAGAGGCACGAUAGUCCCCAACAUUGAAUUUUAAACUCGCCUGUAUAUAAAACAAACAACAACAACAACAAAACAAACAGAAAAAACAAAAAAAACACAAAAAAA